CUGUACGCGAACAUCUGAUAUCAUAACUCUCGUAUGCGAGUGAAUUGCGCACAGUAUUGCUGAAAACGUGGACAUCGCUGGACGAUGCGAAGAUGAUCGGUCGUCUCACCGGUCGUACGUAAUAAGCAGUGAUUAGUAUAUUCGCCGUAAUAACAAGCUACCCGCUGAGCCGCUAGAUAUUGGCCGUAGGUUACAAGCAUGGGAUUUAUCAGAGCAGCUUUAUCGAACCCCAAAUACCUCGCAGGCGGCAUAAUCAUUCUAGUCGCCAUUGUUGCAGUGUCAAUUGCAGUCCCCUUGACCAUCAACUCUUCCAGCAACAAUGACGGGGUAAAUCCACUCUUCGGUCGAACCGUACUGGACGAAGUGCCACUUAUCGACGGACAUAACGAUUUACCCUAUAAUCUGUAUGCAUACGAACGCAAUAAAAUCAAUAACUUCAACUUGGACAGAGAUUUGAAGGAGGAUCCCGUGUGGGGUCCGGCCACCAACAGCCACACAGAUAUUCCACGCCUCUUGGAGGGUAAAGUGGGUGCGCAGUUUUGGGUUGCGUAUGUGGGUUGUGGCACCCAGUACCGGGAUGCCGUCGAGCGAACACUGGAACAGAUCGACGUCAUCAAACGGAUGAUAGCAAAGUACCCGCAGUACAUGCAGUAUGUGACCUCCGCGGACGGUAUCAUGGAAGCGUUCGAGAACAAGCGAAUAGGCUCAUUGAUUGCUGUUGAAGGUGGUCAUUCGAUGGAUUCUCGGCUGGCCAUGUUGCGUAUCUAUUACGAGUUGGGUGUUCGCUAUAUGACUCUAACGCACACGUGUAACACACCGUGGGCGGAUGCCUCACCAGUAGACGAUAACAGUACUGCUAUUUUGAAGAAUGUCACCGAUUGGGGUAAAAAUGUGAUCUGGGAAAUGAACCGUCUGGGCAUGUUAGUAGAUAUAUCGCACGUGAGUUACGGAGUCAUGAUCGACGUACUGGAGCACAGUAGAUCACCGGUAAUCUUUAGCCAUUCCUCGUCACACCAUGUCUUCCCACAUCAUCGAAACGUACAGGAUGAUGUGUUGAAAAAGCUCAUUGAAAACAACGGAAUAAUAAUGGUGAAUUUCUACACGGGUUUCAUCGGUGGAAAAACGAUUGACGAUGUUGUUCAUCACCUAAACUACAUUAAAUCUGUUACCGGUCCGGAACACAUCGGCAUCGGGGGCGACUACGACGGAAUCGAAAGCAGCCCCGAUGGUUUGGACGAUGUGUCCAAGUAUCCGGAUUUGUUCGACAUUCUGGCUGACGGUGUUUUUCGAAACGGCACUACCUUCGAGCCCUGGACCAGAGAUGAGUUGCAAAAGCUGGCGGGUCUGAAUUUGCUGCGCGUUUUCCGAGACGUUGAGCAAGUGCGCGACAGCAUGUUGGACGUGCCGCCGUACGAAGAUUUGAUUCCAUACCAGGAUUUUGUUGAAGCCGGUGUUGAGGAACAACCGUGCAUGAGCGAUAUGGAUAUUCACAAACCUUGAGGAAAGUCAUCACUUGUACCUACUAGAUGUGUUACUUACCGAAAAACCAGUUGUUUGCUGUUUGUAAAGCGUUGUUUUUUUGUUGUUUUGUAUUAUACAUAGUAUAAUAGGAAAUAAAACUGAGUUAGAAAGUA